UGUAUCAUGAUGCGUCAAAGACGGCAGCAGGGCCUGCAGAAUGGUAUAUUUUUGUUGGGUAUGCAGGCUCUGAACUUCGGACUUGAUAAAAUACCACCUGCUACUCUAAUUGGAAUCAUUGCACAGACUUUACUGUAUAUGGGCCUGAUACAGGUGCCAUGGAACGCAGAAGAUGUAUGCAUAUCGGCUAUCAAAAUAAUUAAGUACAAAAAUUGGCGGUCGUUCUUCCUUUCAAAUUUCGAACAUGGAUCCGACAUGCAUCUGUACUACAACAUGCUUUCUUUUAUUCUGAAAGGUUCUUACUUGGAGCCCAUCUAUGGAAUGAUGAAUUUUAUACUUUUACUGGGUGUAUUAUCUAUCGGAUGCAGCGCUAUGUAUGUAUUCCUAGGAUACAUUCUGAUGCAGUUAACAGGGGAUUAUGGAUAUUUCACGGCUUGUGCUAUCGGUUUUUCUGCCAUAUUAUUUGCAUUGAAAGUCAUUGCGCUGUGCGAAGAACGCGACAAAUUACACAAUAUCAAUGGAUUAAUAGUACCAAGUAAACUAGCAGUUUGGCUCGAGUUAAUAUUGAUACAUCUAUUGGUCCCAAAUUCUUCCUUUAUCGGUCAUCUGGGUGGUAUUUUAGUUGGAUGCUUAUAUUCUUAUUCUUUUGUUGGAGAAAGGAUCGACAAUUUGAUACAUAUGAUAACUGGUACACCUAUUAUACACGAAGAACAAUUUUAUAGAAGGCGAAACAGGCUAUUUACGUAACAUUUUAUAAUUUUUAUCAAUUCACCAUAUUUGCGGCUCUAAUCUAACCUAAUAAAUGUAUAUAUACAUUAAAUCGAAUUAUAUAAAAAAAUUAUACAAAUAAUUUGAUGGAA